ACUCCUCCUCCUCCUUCUCCGAAUUUAAACUGUGCCGGUAGGCGCCGCCCUCCCUCCCCCUCAGGCUGGCGUCACGUGAGGGAGGCGGCGAGCGCCUCGAAGGGGUAUAAUGCCAGGGAGCGGCGAGGACGACGACGAUAACGACGUCGUGGACGUCGGCGCCGUGAUUUGAGCCUGGCGAUGCCGCCUCAGGAGCCCUGAGGGAAAUGUUAGCGACGAUGCCAUGGGGCAGCGCGAGGAGGGAGGAGGCGACCGCGCUCUGAGCCUUCUUCAUUUCGCUACGCGGCGGCGGCGGCAACAGUUGCGUCCCUCCGCGCUCCGAUGGCAGCCGCGGAGCCGAGCCAGGACGCGGUGCUUCAGUUCCUAUCGGAGCGGGGAGGUCGGGCUCGCAACGCCGACCUGUUGGACCACUUCCGAGGCUACCUCAACUCCCCGGACCAGCAGCGCCGCUCGCGCGCCAGGGAGCGCUUCAAGGAGAUGGUCAACGCCGUGGCUACCGUGAGGCAAGAGCCCGGCUCCGGGGCCAAGUACGUGCAGCUGAGGAAGAAGUACCGGGUCGCCGUUGCCGUCGUGGCCGCCGAGCCGGCUGAGGAAACCGGGGGUCCUCGGCUGCCCCCUGAGCCUGGCGGAGAUGGCGAAGCUGCCCGGCGAGAAGCUGGGGAGCCCCAAAAGGAAGAGGAGGUGGCGGCGGCGGCGGUGAAAAGGAGCCUCCCUGUCUCUGUGGAGGAAAGCGGACUCCGGCAGCUUGAGGAGCCCGAUGCGGCUGAGGUGCCUCAGGCGACCCCUGGAGGAGGAGGAGGAGGCCGGGAGGGGAGAGAGGAGCAGGAGGACAGCCGCUCUCAGCACGGGGAGCCAGAGCCGGGCAGCGGCGAGAACCCGCCUGAGGACGACUCCGCCGCCGCCACCGCCGCCUCAGGGGUCGCCCCCGCGGCGGCCCCCGCCACCACCCCGCGUUGCGCGCGCAAGAACUUCCGCGAGCGGAUGCUGGGCAGCUCCCCUCAGCUGAAGCGCGGAGGUGUGCUCGCCCCUCGCGGGAGCCGCUCCGCCGGCGGGGGGGACUCGGACAGCGCCUCGCUGGCGUCGUCUUCUGCGGAGGACGAAGGCGGCAGCAGCAGCUCGGGCGGCUCGGUGGCCCUGGACCCCCUGGAGCACGCGUGGAUGCUUUGCGCUUCGGACGGCCGCUGGGAGAGCCUGGAGGGCCUGCUGAGCUGCGAGCCGUCGCUGCUGUGCAAGCGGGACUUCAUCACGGGCUUCACGUGCGUGCACUGGGCCGCCAAGCACGGCCGCCACGAGCUGCUGGCGCUGCUGGUGAACUUCGCGCAGAGGCACCGGCUGCCCGUGGACGUGAACGCGCGCACCAGCGGAGGCUACACGGCGCUGCACCUGGCCGCCAUGCACGGGCACCUGGAGGUGGUCAAGCUGCUGGUGGGCGCCUACGACGCCGACGUGGACGUGCGCGACUACAGCGGGCGCAAGGCCGCGCACUACCUGAGCCGCAGCACCGCCGACGAGGUGCGCAGCCUGGUGGGGGCCUUGCAGGACGAGGCCGACGGCGGGGCGACCAACGGCAGCGGGCGCUGGAGGCUCUCCAAGGUGCUGCCGGCCAACCUCAUCUCCUAUAAGCUCUCCCACCACCUCCUGCCCCACCACGGGGACGAUGGGGAGACGGGAGACGGGGCUGGAGCGCCCGGCAAGGGCAAAGAACUGAGCAGGAAAACCUCGGGCAGCGGGAGGAUAAAACCCCGGCUCAACAAAAUCCGCUUCCGGACCCAGAUCAUCCACACCACUCCUUCUUUCCGCGGGGAUGCAGAGGAGGAAGGUCAAGAAGAAAGGUCCCUGAAAGCCUCUUUCAAGCUCAGACCUAAGUCCAAUGUGUUCGGGUAGAACAAGGAGUGUUAUUUCUUGCACCUGAAUGGGGCAGGGUGUGUGGGUGGCUGGGUCUAAUUCCUUUGCCGGGAUGGAGUUUUUUGAGGAUAAAUCUACCUGGGACAAUGCCUUUAAUUGCUAGGCAGGCACUGGGCUAAGUAGGAUAAAUACAGAGUAGGACUUGAGGGGGAAAACAGACAGUAGCUAGUACUGUGGUUGUUGGCAUUCUAAUAACUCACCAAACUAACGGAAACACUAUUUUGCUUUAACAUUUGAGUUUUCAAUAUUUUUACUGGAUUUAAUGUUAUGUCUGGUUACAGUCCCUGGAGCUGCUAUUUCUGGAGGGUUUUCUUACUGAGGUGGGAUGAACCUUUAAGGGUUGCAUGUGAUGAGGGCUUGCUCGCCUACAAGCAAAAUCUCUGCACAUGGAAAACUACCAUGUGAAGAAGGCAAAGCUUUAACUUUUCCUCUGACAUCUUGUUUUCUCUAUGGAAGGAUUUCAUUUUUAAAAAUUACUAUGGAAGAUUAUUAUUUACACAAGCUUUUGCUGAAGUGGUAUUACACACAAGUUCAUUCCAUAAUGAGAACUAUAUUUGUAAGGGUCUAACUUGAGAUACUUAGCUACUGUAGGGUCAUUUAUUGGUGUUAUACAGAGUGAAGAGAAUGCAAGUGUGGGUGGCAUUCAUAGAAGCUAAGUGAACAGGAGUGUAGUUAAGCUUUUCCCAUGGCUAACAAUUCUUCCUUGAAAACCUCAAUGUUACAAGAUUUCUCCUGGCCAGAAACAAUUUCUGAGUCCAGAUAGAAGGGAGUGGGAGUGUUACAAUGCAUAAGGGGCAAGGGAAACACAGCAUUGGAAAUGCUGCGGUGCCUUCCUAAUAACAUAUAGUUUAGCCCUAAUGCCAAGGGACAAGUGUUUAAGAAUGCAUAGGUAAGAGUAUGUGUUCUAAAAACAUUGCAUGACAACUACAGUACAGGCUGAGUUUGUGACUGAGAAGCACUAAAGUUGGUGGCCAUUCAUGUAGAAGGAAAGUGAUUAUACCUAAAGGUGCACCUUUUUAUUUUUAUACUUUUGAGUUUUAAACAUACAGUACUUCACCUGUUGAG